UUAAUUGUUUAAUAUAGGGAUUUUACAAUUUUUUUCACUCAGUUGUUCUUGCCUUCUUCGACACACCCUCCGACGAGGACGGCGAAGACCAACCCGACCACCACAUCAGAAGUUUCAACGUAACCACACAAUUUUGACCUAUCCUUCCAUCUCCUUCCUUAAUUUUCCUCUUUUGUUCAUCCCUCUUUUCCUUCCUCACCGUCGACGGCGACGACCACCGCUACCAAAAAUUAUUGCACGAGUUCAUCUCUUCAAGUUGUCACAAAUAAUUCUAAAUGGCUGCAAAUGAUGGAGAUAUAAAUGGUGAAGAAUUGGCUAGUGGUAAUAAUGUCGUUAAUGAAGAAGGAAAAGAGGACAUGGGUACUUAUAAGGAUAUUAGUGAAUUGACAAAUGAUGAGAUAAGAGGAUUGGAAUUUGAUUCAGAGGAACAAGCUAUACAAUUUUAUCAAAGCUUUGCAGAAUUUCAUGGGUUUGUAAUAAGAAAAGAUGAUGUAAGACGUGAUGAUGAUGAUAAGAUAGUUGUUCGUCAAUUAGUUUGUAAUAGAGCGGGUAAGAAUAGCAAGAAGGAGGGCCGUGGAAAAGUUCUGAAGCCGAACACUAGAACCGAUUGUCCUGCAAGGCUUCGAGUAAAUUUAAAUGUUGAGACUGAUAAGUGGACAGUUUUUGCAUUUGAGCCCUGUCAUAACCAUCCCCUAACGCCGACACGUUAUGUUCAUCUGAUUCCUAAGUAUCGUCGAUUGAGUGGUUCCGAUAAAGCCCUUGUUGAUGGCCUGCACACACAGGGUGUUAGAACUUGUCAUAUUUUGGGUUUUAUGUUGGCUCAAAAAGGUGGUUAUGAAAAUCUGGGAUUUUGCAAGAAGGACCUAUAUAACUACUUAAACAAUCAAGAAAGGGCAACAAUAGAAGGUGGGGAUGCUUUUGCUGCUUAUAAGGAAUUUGCCAUGAUAAAAUUAAAGUCUGACAUUCCAGUGACUUUAAUCUGACAUUCCAGUGACUUUAAUUUUAUCAUGUUAUUUGUGGGUAUUUUGUCGUUAUAUGCUAUUAAUGUUACAAAUUCAUCCUUUUUGUUUUUAA